CCGGCGCGGCCCGCACCCGGAAGUGGAUUGCGCUUUGUGAGUCGGGGGCUAUGGGGGACCCGGCGGGCGCCGACGAGCUCGCGAAGCUCGAGUACCUGUCGCUGGUGUCCAAGGUCUGCACCGAGCUGGACAAUCACCUGGGCAUCAACGACAAGGACCUGGCUGAGUUUGUGAUAAAUCUUGCUGAGAAAAACACCACAUUUGACACAUUCAAGACUGCCCUUACAAAGAAUGGCGCUGAGUUCACAGACUCCCUCAUUAGUAAUUUGUUACGUCUCAUACAGACAAUGCGGCCUCCAGCGAAGCCAUCUACAGGCAAAGAGGUAGUUGUCAAACCCAAAACAGAAAAGGAAAAGCUGAAGGACCUGUUCCCAGCCCUUUGCAGGCCAGACAAUCCCACCAUCAGGACUAUGCUGGAUGAAGAUGAUGUGAAAGUGGCUGUUGAUGCUCUUAAGGAACUUGAAGCUUUAAUGCCUAGUGCAGGUGGGCAGGAAAAACAAAGGAAUAAUGACCGCCGGGCAAAAAAGAAGAGGAGGAGUCGCAGUCACAGCAGAGACAGGGACAGGAAACGGAGACACCGAUCCCAUUCCAGGUCACGUUCUAGGACUCUGGAUAAGAACAAGGGGAAAUCCAGAUACCGCUCAAGGAGCAGGAGUCUGAGUCCCAGCAGGGACCGUAAGGAUCGAGAGAAAUAUGCAGAGAAGAGCAAUGACAGAUGGAGGGACAAGCAUGUGGAUCGGCCCCCACCUGAAGAGCCUUCGAUUGGAGAAAUUUACAACGGCAAAGUCACAAGUAUAAUGCAGUUUGGGUGCUUUGUGCAGCUGGAAGGACUAAGGAAACGCUGGGAAGGCUUGGUUCAUAUUUCUGAACUUCGCAGAGAGGGACGUGUUGCUAAUGUUGCUGAUGUUGUGAGCAAAGGUCAAAGAGUAAAGGUCAAAGUGCUAUCAUUUACUGGGUCGAAAACCAGCCUGAGCAUGAAGGAUGUUGAUCAAGAGACUGGGGAAGACUUGAACCCAAACCGACGCAGAAACCUAGUUGGAGAGACCAAUGAAGAGACCUCUAUGAGGAAUCCAGACAGACCCAGUCACCUCUCCUUGGUGAAUGCCCCUGAAGUGGAGGAUGAUAGCCUUGAACGGAAGCGUCUCACCCGGAUUUCAGACCCAGAGAAAUGGGAAAUCAAACAGAUGAUUGCUGCUAACGUGCUCUCCAAAGAAGAGUUUCCUGACUUUGAUGAGGAGACUGGGAUCCUCCCCAAAGUUGAUGAUGAAGAAGAUGAGGACCUUGAGAUUGAGCUGGUUGAAGAAGAGCCACCAUUUCUGCGAGGGCAUACCAAGCAAAGCAUGGAUAUGAGUCCCAUUAAAAUAGUGAAGAAUCCUGAUGGCUCCUUGUCCCAGGCCGCAAUGAUGCAAAGUGCUUUAGCCAAAGAAAGGCGAGAACUCAAACAAGCUCAAAGGGAAGCAGAGAUGGACUCUAUCCCCAUGGGACUUAAUACACACUGGGUGGAUCCUCUUCCUGACGUGGAUGGGAGACAAAUAGCUGCCAACAUGCGGGGUAUUGGAAUGAUGCCCAAUGAUAUCCCAGAGUGGAAGAAACAUGCAUUCGGUGGCAACAAAGCCUCCUAUGGUAAAAAAACCCAACUUUCCAUCAUUGAGCAGAGGGAGAGUCUCCCAAUCUUCAGAUUAAAGGAGCAGCUGAUUCAGGCAGUUCAUGACAAUCAGAUCCUGAUUGUUAUUGGUGAGACAGGCUCUGGGAAAACGACGCAGAUCACCCAAUACCUGGCUGAGGCAGGUUACACGUCAAGAGGAAAGAUUGGGUGCACCCAGCCUCGCAGAGUGGCUGCAAUGUCUGUUGCCAAGAGAGUGUCUGAGGAGUUUGGUUGCUGUUUGGGACAGGAGGUUGGCUACACGAUUCGAUUUGAAGACUGCACUAGCCCCGAGACCGUCAUCAAGUACAUGACGGAUGGUAUGUUACUGCGGGAGUGCCUGAUUGACCCAGACCUGACCCAGUAUGCCAUCAUCAUGCUGGAUGAGGCUCAUGAGAGGACCAUUCACACUGAUGUGCUCUUUGGGCUUCUGAAAAAGACAGUGCAGAAACGUCAGGAUAUGAAGCUGAUUGUAACUUCGGCAACAUUAGAUGCUGUGAAAUUCUCCCAGUAUUUCUAUGAAGCUCCAAUCUUCACAAUUCCUGGCAGAACAUACCCUGUGGAAAUUCUGUACACAAAAGAACCAGAGACUGAUUAUCUGGAUGCCAGUCUGAUCACAGUGAUGCAGAUCCAUUUGACGGAGCCACCAGGUGACAUCCUAGUGUUCCUGACGGGUCAGGAGGAGAUUGAUACAGCUUGCGAGAUCCUUUAUGAGAGAAUGAAAUCUCUAGGACCCGACGUGCCAGAGUUAAUUAUCCUUCCCGUGUAUUCAGCUUUACCUAGCGAGAUGCAAACCAGGAUCUUUGACCCAGCCCCACCAGGCAGCAGGAAGGUUGUCAUUGCUACCAACAUUGCUGAGACCUCCCUGACUAUUGAUGGAAUCUAUUAUGUGGUAGAUCCUGGGUUUGUGAAGCAGAAAGUGUAUAACUCCAAGACUGGAAUUGAUCAGUUGGUGGUUACACCAAUUUCCCAGGCGCAGGCAAAGCAGCGAGCAGGAAGAGCUGGAAGAACAGGGCCAGGAAAGUGUUACAGACUCUACACGGAGCGCGCUUACCGAGAUGAAAUGCUAACCACCAACGUGCCUGAAAUCCAGAGAACAAACUUGGCCAGCACAGUGCUCUCCCUUAAGGCUAUGGGGAUCAACGACUUGCUGUCCUUUGAUUUUAUGGAUGCUCCCCCGAUGGAAACACUAAUCACUGCCAUGGAACAGCUCUACACCUUGGGAGCCCUGGACGAUGAGGGGCUGCUCACUCGACUUGGGCGCAGAAUGGCAGAGUUCCCUUUGGAGCCCAUGUUAUGUAAGAUGUUGAUCAUGUCUGUACAUUUGGGAUGCAGUGAAGAAAUGUUAACUAUAGUCUCUAUGCUGUCUGUACAGAAUGUGUUCUACAGACCAAAGGAUAAACAAGCACUUGCUGACCAGAAGAAAGCCAAGUUCCACCAGACAGAAGGGGACCAUCUCACCCUGCUGGCUGUCUACAAUUCCUGGAAGAAUAAUAAGUUCUCGAAUCCCUGGUGCUAUGAGAAUUUUAUCCAGGCCCGGUCCUUGCGCAGGGCACAGGACAUCCGUAAACAAAUGCUGGGCAUUAUGGACAGACACAAGCUGGAUGUGGUGUCAUGCGGGAAGGCAACAGUGCGAGUCCAGAAGGCCAUCUGCAGCGGUUUCUUCCGAAAUGCAGCAAAGAAGGACCCCCAGGAGGGGUACCGGACUCUCAUUGACCAGCAGGUGGUCUAUAUUCACCCAUCCAGUGCCCUCUUCAACAGGCAGCCAGAAUGGGUGGUCUAUCAUGAGCUGGUGCUGACCACCAAGGAGUAUAUGCGCGAAGUGACCACCAUUGACCCACGCUGGCUGGUGGAAUUUGCACCAGCCUUCUUCAAAGUCUCUGAUCCAACCAAACUGAGCAAACAGAAGAAGCAGCAGCGGCUUGAGCCCCUGUACAAUCGCUAUGAGGAGCCCAAUGCCUGGAGGAUCUCUCGUGCAUUCAGGAGGCGAUGAGCCUGGCUCUGGCAUGGGUUGCUGUUGGCGAAGUGUUCCUGGCGGCUGAGAUUCUGCACUGUUUUAAAAUCCCCUUUUCAGGACACAUGCAGUUGAACCCAAAUCCAGUUGCAGCUGAAAUCCAGACUGAUUCAAGCUUUAAUUUAUUUCCUAUUCACUUUGUAAAUAUCUUCAUUAUGGGCCAAAAGAACUGGACAAUAUCACUGAUUCAUGUCCUCUGCCCUUGGAACUGCUACAGUUAGCAGGUCACUUCUCAUGUCCAGGCUCACUCAGGUGUGUUGUAUCACUUCCUCCUUCUUCCAACCGUUUGAAAAUCUAAAGACUUAGAAAUCUGGGCACUAAUCAACAAAUGAGGCAAUGAUCUAAAAACCAAUUGUUUGUCAACUUGAUCGUCUCCCAUCUGACUGGAUCUUCAGAUGCUAGAAUGGCCUGAGUUUCUAGCCACUCUGAAGAGGGAUUGAUUUCGGCCGACACUCCUGUCACUGCUCUUGGACAAUGACCGAUUUUCUUUGGCAGGCUUCACCACUUGUGGUCAACUUUAACUUUUCCAUUUUCUUACUUGCUGUAACUAUUUGUCUCUUACUUGAAAUCAAAAACUCCUGCAGCCAGCUGUGGAGAGAGAUUUAGAGUAUGUGGUUUGGAAUAAGGUGGAAGAGAUCCCCUGAAACCCAACCCGAGUGUGUGUUAUACUUGGACAAUGGCGCAGGUCAGACUGGUGGUCUUAUCUUUCAUCAGCAUCUCCUGUGCACUGAAAACUAGAAUAUCACAUGUUAAUUAACCACAUCCACUCUGCAGCGCAGCUCAGUCUGUGAACUUAAAUGGUUACAGAUGUCCCAGAGAGAGAUUUUCUACACAGUGUGUCAUGUGCUUUGUUUCCUCUGACAACAUUAGGUGACAUCACAACUGGCUUUUUUUUUUAUAGAAUAUUUUCUUAGGUCUAAAGGUGCAUUUUCAGCAAAGACCUGCUAGAACAGUUGUUAUGAAAAUGUAAUUCCAGAAUGACUGAAGCUGUACAUAAACUUGCUUUAUUUUCUUUUUGUUAUUCUAAUGCCGGUGCUCAGACCUGCCUUUUCAAAGCUGGAAAUAGCUAUCUGGCUCCAGAACUAGAGAGACCCAAACUUUGUAACUUUUCUCAAGUUGGUGUAUUUACGAAGUGACUGGUGAAAAGUGCACAGAAGAGCUGACUGACUGGUUUGAUUUAUACCUGACUCUGUGAGCUACAAGACACCACGGUGCUUGCUCACUGAAAAUUGGCUACACCUGAAAUCUGCAUCUGUCUGUAAAGAGGGCAGUGAGAGGGAUGGCAUAGAUAUUGUUUUUAAUAUGUUGUACAAAUGGCCUAAAUUCCUUAGAAGCCUUCACAAAGAAAAUUUAUUAUUAAAAUAAACUUCUGAAACAGGAAACUGUUUCAGCAUCAAAUAAG